CUCUUCCAAUAUGAUCCAGCCUCUUGAACGUAGAAAAUGUAGCACUAAGCAGAUGAGAUCAUGAGGAUACAGAACAUCUCUACUAGCUUCACAGCAUGUACAGAACUUGAGUUUCCCAGAUAUUUCUAGUACGAAGGAGGUGCCGUAAAGCUGAAGCCAUUUUCAAGCCAGGGCCACGCAUGCGGACGGUUAAACAUCGGGCUUGUUCAAAUAAUUUAUUGAGCCAUCUUAAAUAUUUCGAUACUGAUACUUCACCAUACGACCUUGGAACGUACUGAACUGAUGAUGGCAGUGUCUCGGAAGCAGCCAAAUAUUGUGAUCACAGGCACGCCUGGUGUAGGCAAAACUACACAUGCUGAACUCCUCGCAACAAACACCCAAUUGAAGCACAUAUCGCUGAAUGACAUCGCAAAAGAAGAGGACUGCUAUGACGGCUACGAUGAGGAAUUGCAGACGCAUAUUCUGGAUGAAGACAAGCUUCUUGAUCACAUAGAGUCAGGCCUGAAGGCCGGCGGAAACAUAAUCGACUAUCACGCUUGCGAGCUCUUUCCCGAAGCGCUCAUCGACCUCGUUGUCGUAAUACGAUGCGACUCCACAUUACUAUUUGACCGCAUGAAGGCGCGCAGAUAUCCGGAGAGGAAGAUUGAGGAGAACAUGGACUCAGAGAUCAUGCAGGUUAUCUUGGAAGAGGCGCGCGAAAGUUAUGCGGAAGAGAUCGUCGUUGAAUUGCAAAGUGACUGCGCGGAGGAUGUCGAGCGCAACGUGGAGAGAAUACAAAGCUGGUUGGAGGCAUGGAAGAAGAACAACAACAACAGUAACACCACCACCACCACCAACACAUGAAAAUUUGGUUGUGUGAGUGGGUGAAAAGUGCUUUGCAUGGCUUCGGCGUUUCCCUUCAAAUUGGUGAAGGUGUACGGCUA